AUGGCGACUAAUGCAGCCUCUCAUAACGCAACCACUGAACCCACGGGUCCCGUGAGCGGUCCUCCGCCUUCCGUAUCAAGCGACGUCGCCGCUGCUGUCAAGGAGUCUGCUCAGAAGGAGGGAACGGGUCAAAAUGUCGGCGGUCAAGAUAAGCAAGGCAACAAUGCUGGUCAGACCGUGAUGGGCGAGGCUGGUAAAGAGAAGACUGCCAAAGAAAUCGAGAAAGAGCGUCAAAAAGCCGAGAAGCUCGCCAAAUUCCAGGCCAAGCAGGCAAAAGCAAAGCCAGCCCAGUCCGCUGCCUCGGCUGAGUGCAACAAAGCGAAGAAAGAGAAAGUCAAGAAGUCCACGCCCGUGGACGUAUAUGAACCGCGAAAGAUUGAAGAUGACAGAUAUGACUGGUGGGAGAGCAGAGGCUAUUUCAAGCCUGAGUUCACGAAAGAUGGCAAGAUCAAGCCGGAGGGCAAGUUCGUCAUACCAAUACCGCCGCCAAAUGUCACUGGCGCACUACAUAUGGGCCAUGCCCUCACAAAUGCACUUCAAGAUACCAUGAUCAGACAUGCUCGAAUGAAGGGCAAGACCACUGCCUGGAUUCCGGGCAUGGAUCAUGCUGGUAUCUCAACACAAAGCGUGGUGGAGAAGAUGCUGUGGAAGACCGAAGGCAAGACCAGACAUGAUCUUGGUCGGGAAGCUAUGGUCGAGAAAAUCUGGACGUGGAAGGAUAAGUACCACACUAACAUCACGAAGCAGCUGAAGAAGCUCGGUGGCUCAAUGGACUGGAGUCGUGAGGCAUUCACCAUGGACGAGAAUCUGUCGCGAGCUGUGAAGCAGAGUUUCGUCCAACUAUAUGACGAGGGCAUCAUCUACCGAGCGAAUCGUUUGGUGAAUUGGUGCUCGGCACUUAGCACAUCACUAUCAAAUCUCGAGGUGAAGAACACAGAACUCACCGGCCGAACGAAGAUCAAAGUACCUGGCUACGACAAGUUGAUCGAAUUCGGUGUCCUCACAUACUUUCGGUAUCCCAUCAAAAACUCGACUAACGGUCCCCUGACUGGCAAGUAUGAGGGCAAAGAGUUCAUCGAAGUCGCCACUACCCGUCCAGAGACUAUGCUUGGGGACACAGCGGUAGCCGUUCAUCCCAACGAUAAGCGGUAUCAGCACCUGGUGGGCAAGUAUGCGAUUCAUCCAUUCCUGCCCGAUCGAAAAGUGCUCAUCAUCGCCGACGAAGAGGUGGAAAUGGACUUUGGUACUGGCGCUGUCAAAAUUACUCCUGCUCACGACCAAAACGAUUUCACCAAAGGAAAACGGCACAAUCUGGAGUUCAUCAAUGUUUUCAAUGAUGAUGGCACUAUGAACAGCAACGCCGGUCCAUAUGAUGGACAAAAGAGAUUCGACGUGCGAUACAAGGUUAUUGCUGACCUAAAGGAGCUCGGUCUCUACAACAAGCAGGAAGAGAACCCCAUGACGCUACCACUUUGCGAGAAGUCGAAGGACGUAAUUGAGCCCAUCCUCAAACCGCAAUGGUGGAUGCGAAUGACCGAGAUGGCAAAGGCUGCCGACGAUGCCGUGCGAGAUGGUCGCAUCGUCAUCAAGCCUGAGUCUGAACAGAAGAAAUACCAUCAGUGGAUGGGCAACAUCCAGGACUGGUGCUUGUCCCGACAAUUGUGGUGGGGACAUCGUGCUCCUGCCUACUUCGUCGACCUUGAAGGCGAGGCUGCCGACAACGCCGACAGCAAAUACUGGGUGUGUGCGUUGUCAGAAGAAGAGGCUCAAGCGAAAGCGGAGAAGAAAUUCCCUGGGAAGAAGUUCACACUCAAGUGGGACGAAGAUGUGCUUGAUACGUGGUAUUCGUCUGGUCUGUGGCCAUUCUCGACGCUCGGCUGGCCAAACAAGACAUCGGACAUGCGCGAGCUGUAUCCUACGUCUGUCCUUGAGACUGGCUGGGACAUUCUCUUCUUUUGGGUGGCCCGUAUGAUCAUGUUCGGCUUGAAGCUAACUGGCGAUGUGCCUUUCACUGAGGUCUACUGCCACUCGCUCAUCCGUGACUCAGAAGGCCGAAAAAUGUCAAAGUCCUUGGGCAACGUUGUUGACCCUCUUGACAUCAUCCAUGGCAUCACUUUGGACGAUCUCCACAAGACAUUGAUGACCGGCAACCUGGCCCCGGAGGAGGUCGAGCGCGCAAAGAAGUAUCAAAAGACUGCAUUCCCGAAAGGAAUCGAGGAAUGUGGUACAGAUGCACUUCGAUUCACACUCAUCAACUACACCACCGGCGGUGGAGACAUCGCUUUCGACAUCAGAGAGAUCGAAGCUAAGCGUCGUUUCUGCAACAAGAUUUAUCAGGCAACGAAUUUCGCUUUGGGCCGUCUAGCUGAUGGGUUUCAACCAGACGCAUCGAUCACUGAUAAUGAGCCUCGGUCCUUGGCUGAGAAAUGGAUCCUGCAUCGACUGAACUUGGCCACCAAGGAGGUCAACGACGCGAUCGAGUCCCGCGAGUUCUCAACCGCAGCAGGUACACUGUACCAAUACUGGUUCAACGCGCUGUGCGACACUUUCAUCGAGAACUCGAAAUACAUUCUCACCGCUGAUGCUGCCGAAGAAGACCGCAAGUCAGCACAACAAACACUCUACACAGCUCUCGAAGGUGGCCUGUUGCUGCUGCACCCCAUCAUGCCCUUCUUGACCGAGCAUCUGUGGCAGAAAUUGCCUCGCCGCAGUGGCGACAAGACCGAAUCGAUCAUGAUCGCCAAAUUCCCAGAGUUCGUCUCCAAGCUCGACAAGCCCACGGAAGCGGCACAAUACGAGUUCGUGAUGGAUAUCGCUACAGGCAUCCGGUCUCUACUCGCACAAUACGGCUUCAAAGAGCCAGGCGACCUCAUCGUCCAGACCUAUUCCGACCGUGCUUUCAAGACCGCCUCUGAGCAGAUCACCUCAAUCAAGUCUCUCGGAGGCAAGAACUGUGGCGAGGUCGAAGUCCUUCCUCCAUCAAAGUCCGACUCCCCUCCAGCAGGCUGUGCGCUACAGAGCAUCAACGCCGAUGCAGCUGUGUUCCUGAAGAUUGCCGGGAGGAUUGACAUCGGAGAGGAGAUCACGAAGAGCAAGAAGAGCUUGGCGGAUGCUCAGGGCAAGGUCGACAAAUCUCAGAAGAUCAUGCAGGGCAAAGGAUGGGAGAAGGCGAGCAAAGAUACCCAGACGAAGGAGCAAGAAAAGCUCAAGGAUGCUGAGACCGAGGUUGAGAGACUCGAGCAGGCUCUGAAGGAGCUGGAGCGGUUGAAGCUCGAAAAGUAA